AUGGAUAAAGUGUGGUCCUUUCUUUCAUUUCAGAUUUUAGAAUUUCUUAUAAUACAACUUCAGUAUGAAAAGGGGGAGCAGUCAGAAAGAUCUUCCAUGCUUGAAGGAACACUUGUAAUUUCUGUGGACAUUGAAGAUUCUCUCCAGCAUGUGAACCAGUCCCACUGUGCUAUAAUCAUUUCUGCAAAAGGUGAUUUAUGCCACAACCUCCUCAAUGACUUAAUACUCACAGAAAUAGAAGGCUUGUUGCCUUUCUGCCAGAGUGGCGUCCUGAGUGGAAGAGGUUGUCCUCAUGAAUCUCUGCAUACCAUGCCUUUUCAGCUUUCCUUUCAGCUGUAUGAGAAAUCUGAAGUUCUCAAAGAAGACUGCGCAGCAAUAAAACAGUUCAUCCAUAGGAUCAGCCUUGUGCACACAACAACCAAGUUUCAUUACUGUGUAAAAAUUAAUGGCAACAUCUCUGCUGAGACAUAUAGGUCAGAAUGCAGGGCUGUAAUGCCAUCCUGUGAUAAAAUUCACCUUGUGAUUGGUGAACUAGUUGGUCUGUUCAUCCCAGAUGAAGUAGCAGAAAGAGGUUUCACAGGAGAGCUGAGUCUCAUACCUGCAGUGUCCCUGUGUCCCUGCCAGAAAUCAUUUCCUAACCAGCCUGCAAAUAUAACUACUGCCUCUCCAACAAUAUAUAUAUUUCUUUAUGAUCCAGCUGGGCUGCCCGUAUUGUUUUCUGCAGAGGAGAUAUCGUAUUCUUUCUUUGAAGAUCCUUCAUGUUUAGCAUCAUGGGGCAAAUAUGCCUACCAAGCAACACUAAAUUCAGCUGUAUAUUGCAAAACAGAUACAGCGAAACCUGAAAUCCAAUACAGCCUUCGAACCAGCCACAAACAGGACCCAGAUAUUCAGGAACAGACACUGCUGCUCUUCCUUUUUCUUGGUUACUCUGAUCAGUUUCAGGACAAGCCAAUUUACAGUUUCUGGGACCGGCGAGCGAUUCUGUCUCAUCUCUCACCUAUCCUCUUCUGCAGUGAGCAGGCUGUGAAAAGGGCUAUCCAAGGAGUGGUUAACGAGAUCCUGGAGCAACACUACAGAGCAUCCCAAGAGCAACAGAAGCUGGCACGUUCUUUACCCAUCAUGGCAACGGCCAUUUCCAGAAUAGUUUCAAGCAGCACCGAUGGCAAGUUUCGAAGGAAGUGUCUCCAUAGUCUGCAGGCUGCAGAUACUCAGGAGUUCCAGGAAACCAUCACAGAGACUUUCAACAAAGUAAUUCUUAAGCAGUGGAAGCCCAGUCAUGCGUGUGAGAUCAAAAAGGCAAGCUUUCUCUUAAAUACGCUUCCUACCCUCCUCGUAUUUUCCUCCUCUGACUUUUGUUCAGCCCCAUUCCAGUCAUAG